UGCGGCUGCCUCCGCCUGCGGGGCUCGGGCAGCGCCUGCCCGGGGCUCCUCGGGCCAGGGCAGGGCCUGGGCCCCUCACCCGCUCCUGCUGACAGACCCUGCCUCGCUCAGAGGACGCGCGGCGUUCCCUCCCCGUUGCCCCCACAGCCCUUGCUGCUGUUCCUGGCUUCCCCUGGGUCUCUGGCGCGUUGCCCCUUGGGCCCCAGGCACCUUCUCAGCAGCGGGUGGAGUGCACAUUGACUAUUAAUACCAGUCCAUCCAACAAAACAUGAAGGCAAAAACCAAAGGAAAGAAACAAAGGCAAACCGUUGACAAAGACGCAUUUUCCGAAGAGCCAGCAACGAGAAAAAAGGAACUGGCGAAAUGUUUGCGCCGCAAAGAAAGGAGAAAUGGGGGAAACAAGGAGAGCAGCAAGAUCCCCCCAGGCAGAGCCAGGCGUGCUUGGAGCAGCAAGGACAGGCUGCUGAGGAGGCUGGAAAGCAACGAGCGUGAGAGGCAGAGGAUGCACAAGCUCAACAACGCCUUCCAGGCCCUGCGCGAGGUGAUCCCCCACGUGAGGGCUGAGAACAAGCUUUCCAAAAUAGAGACUCUCACUCUGGCCAAAAACUACAUUAAAUCCUUGACCUCCAUUAUACUCAAUAUGUCCAAUGGACACUUCCCGGCAGUAGAAGGGAUGGGGGGAGCCUGGGGAUCCAAAUUGUACCAGCAUUAUCAACAGCAGCAUGGGGAGGAGGACCAUGAGGAAAAUCUACAGAAAUAUUCCACAUAGAUUCAUAACUUCAGCCAAAACACCAACUGCCAGCUACUACUGUCAUGGUUUUUCCUUCUUACAUCAUAAUACAUAAAACCUAGAGGUUCAAAGAGA